UAGUUUCCACAACUAAACUAGCAUUGCAUGCUACCUCUUAUUCCUCUCUUUUUCUCUUUCUCUAUGUUCUAAUUAAUAACCUAAGCUUCAUUUAAUCAAAAUGCCGGUAGAAGAAGAUCAUGAUGUUGUAGUUGUGGAUGUGGAGAAAAUUGAAAACAGUAAUGAAGAGACGGAACAACAACAAGAAGCUUCUGAUGUGAUGGAAAAGAAGCAGCUUUCUUCCAAAAUCUUGCGAAGAAAUGACUCUCUAGAAAUGGCAUCUCAAAGAUUCUCCGCCACGCAUGCUGCAAAAGGGCCAUCCUUGUCUUUGAUACUUCAACUUGCGUUUCAAAGUAUUGGGAUAGUGUACGGUGAUAUCGGAACAUCACCAUUGUAUGUGUAUUCAAGCACAUUCACUGAUGGUAUCAAGAACAACGAUGACAUCUUGGGAGUUCUUUCCUUGAUCUUGUAUACCAUUACUCUCAUCCCUCUCAUUAAGUAUGUCCUUGUGGUCUUAAAGGCCAACGAUAAUGGCGACGGAGGGACUUUUGCUCUAUACUCUCUAAUAUGUCGUUAUGCAAAAGUGGGACUUAUUCCGAAUCAACAAGUGGAGGAUGCUGACGUGUCCAACUACCAGCUUCAGUUGCCAAAUAACCGUCAGAAGAGAGCAAGCAAGCUUAAGUGUGCGCUUGAGAAAAGUCACUUCAUGAAGCUCUUCCUCUUAUUUGCCACCAUGCUUGGCACUUCCAUGGUCAUUGGUGAUGGUGUUCUCACCCCUUGCAUCUCUGUUUUAUCUGCUGUUGGAGGGAUCAAGCAAGCAGCUACUAACAUCAACAACGAUGUGGUUGUUCUGAUAUCCGUGGCAAUCUUGGUUUGCCUUUUCAUGGCUCAGAGAUUUGGAACUGAUAAAGUUGGAUACACCUUUGCUCCUAUUAUCUGUAUAUGGUUUGCCUUCAUCGCAGCCAUUGGUCUCUACAAUUUCAUCAAGUAUGAUCCCUCUGUUAUUAAAGCAGUAAAUCCAAAAUACAUAGUUGACUACUUCAUUAGGAACAAGAAAGAUGCUUGGAUUUCUCUUGGUGGUGUUGUGCUAGCCAUAACUGGAACUGAAGCAUUAUUUGCUGAUGUUGGACAUUUCACAGUUCGAUCCAUACAAAUUAGCAUGUGUUCUGUGACUUACCCUGCUCUGAUUUUGGCUUAUGUUGGACAAGCCUCUUUCCUUCGCAAGCAUAAUGAUCUUGUUAGUGACACAUUCUACAAGUCCAUACCAGGCAAACUAUAUUGGCCAAUGUUUGUUAUUGCUGUUAUGGCAGCAAUUAUAGCUUCACAAGCCAUGAUCUCAGGAACUUUCUCCAUAAUCCAACAAUCCUUGUCAUUGGGAUGUUUCCCUCGUGUGAGAAUUGUACAUACAUCGAGCAAGCACGAAGGACAAGUUUAUAUUCCAGAAAUCAAUUACAUCCUUAUGAUUGCAUGUAUUGCCAUCACUGUUGGAUUUAAAACCACUACAAAAAUUGGCAAUGCCUAUGGGAUAGCAGUGGUGUUUGUAAUGACACUUACAUCUGCUUUUCUAGUACUAAUCAUGAUCAUGAUAUGGAAGACUCAUAUACUUUUGAUUAUUAGCUAUGUGCUAAUCAUUGGUUCUGUGGAAGUUGUUUAUCUAAGCUCAGUCUUAUACAAAUUUGACCAAGGGGGGUAUCUUCCCCUUGCAUUCGCGGCGGUUCUAAUGUUCAUCAUGUAUGUUUGGAACAAUGUGUACCGAAGGAAGUACUACUAUGAAUUGGAUCACAAGAUUUCUGCAGAGAAGGUUAAAGAGAUUGCUUGCAACACAAGUUUGUGUAGAUUACCCGGCUUAGCUAUGUUCUAUUCAGAGCUUGUUCAAGGUGUUCCUCCAAUUUUCAAGCACUAUGUGGCCAAUGUACCUGCCUUGCACUCACUUCUGCACCCCAAGGAACUCAAUGUGUUCAGGUGUGUUGUGAGGUAUGGAUACACGGAUGUGCGCAACGAGGAGGAGCCUUUUGAGAAGCUUUUGGUUGAAAGAUUGAAGCAGUUCAUAGUUGAUGAGUUCUGGAAGUCCCAAAAUGGUGAUGAUCAAGAAGAAGAAGAGAAAGUACAAGAGGAAAUAGAGAAAGAAAUAGAGAGUGUUGAAAAGGCAUCACAAGAUGGUGUUGUUCAUUUGAUUGGUGAGAAUGAAAUUGUUGCUUGCAAAGGAGCCAACAUUGGAAAGAGGAUUUUGAUUGAUUAUGCCUACAACUUCUUGAAGAAAAACUUGAGGCAGAGUGAAAAAUUAUUUGAUAUUCCACACAAACGCAUGGUUAAAGUGGGCAUGACUUAUGAACUUUGAAGGCAUUAACAACAUAGUUAUGUUUUUCCCUUUUUUUGGGUUAGAGAACAUAGUUAUGUUAAAAUUACAUAAAUCUAAGGUCAUAGCCCAAAAGGCACUUCUAAAUUAGUAAACAACAAUUUUAUAUGAUAAGUAAAUAUUAUUAUUUUGAGUCAA